AUGUCGCCACUUGCUGCUCCUGAGCUUCAGGAUAUCCAUCGAGAACAGCAGCACGAUGCUGAUGACAAUGAUGUCCCCGUGAACAGAAUGACCAGCUUCAACGGGAGGCUGAAUCGAUACUUCCACACGACGAAAGCCAGCGCCCUGUCAAAUGAGCCGACAACGAAGGCUGCCUCGUCUUCAGCGCCAGAUCUGCAAGACACAAUCAAACGCAAAACAGAAUCCCAAUUAGAAGUAGUCUCCAGCGACGCCUUAAAUGCAUCGACACCACUGUCCAAACGCCGAAAAGCCCUCCGUCCACGCAUACCCACCCCCAACCCGACAACCCCAGACCUCCCCCAGCGCAUCACCCGCUCUCGCUCCGCCUCCUCCCUCCCGACAGCAUCAUCCCCAAGCAUACCGCAAAGCCCUCGCAGGGGCCGGGGCGCUCGCAAACCAUCCACACCGACAACAUCGAUAACACCAGCAUCACCCACCUCCCUCCUCCGCGACACCAUCCCCCCAAACCUCACCCUCCUCCUCGUCGGCGUCAACCCCGGCAUCCUGACAGGCACCACAGGCUUCGCGUACGCGCACCCGUCGAACCUGUUCUGGAAACUCCUGCACUGGUCGGGGAUCACGCCGAUCCGCCAUCCGCCGUGCGACACGUACCGGCUGCCGGAGCUUUACAACAUCGGGAACACGAACAUCGUCGAGCGGCCGACGCGCGACGCGAGCAUGCUCAGCCGCGCGGAGAUGCUUGCCGGUGUGCCCGUGCUGGAAGCCAAGGUCGCGGCACAGCGGCCCGAGGCGGUGUGUCUGGUCGGGAAGAGUAUCUGGGAGGCUGUGUGGAGAGCGCGCAAGGGGCGGGCGAUCUGCAAGGAGGAGUUCCGGUAUGGAUGGCAGGAAGAGGGGGAGAAUAUGGGGCGGGGCAACGGAUGGGAGGGGGCGAGGGUGUUUGUGGCGACGACGACGAGCGGGUUGGCGGCGGGGAUGAGCACGGCUGAGAAGCAGGCUGUGUGGGAUGAAUUAGGUCAGUGGGUGGUGGAGAGACGGGAGGCUGCUCGUGCACUCCAGUCCCAGCUCCCGGGACAAACAACCGAUCUUAUCGCUCCUUGA